GCUGGCGAGGACCAACGCCAGAAGAGCAUCGUCCACCGAGACCUCCAGGACCGCUUUUGGGACACGUGCAAGUCCGCCCUGCGCCAGUUGCCGCAGCGGGUCGCCCUCGUGAUGACCAUGGAUGCGAAUGCUGCCCUGGCGCCCCAGCUCCCGCACGUCGGCUUUGCGGGCCAGCGCCGCAUGCACACCAGCUUGAACGGUAACGGUGCCCGCUUGCUAGACUUCCUCCGGCCGUUCCACCUGUCCGCCCUCACACCUCCGGGCCAGCAGCGCGGCACGCCCUCCGACUAUUUCAAUGCGCUGGAGCACGCGGUGAUCGAGGCUGCGGCCCCGCACUACCUCCUCCAGCCGACGAAGGUGAAUAGACCGAAGCUGAAGGGUGAGGCCUUGGCCCUGAUAGACCUGAAGCACGAGAUCCAGAGACGCAUGGCCCUCCACGCGGAUCAGACCACCCCCGCCUACGGCCGCCCCCAGUCCAGGUUCGACGAGGCAGCCAGAGCCGCAGCCAAAGCAGUUCGAGCCGAGCGCCGCCAGCACCUCGCUGAGACGGCUAGAGAAGCAGAAGCAGCAGAGGCCGCCAUGAACCUCCGCCGCCUGCACGCCGUGGUGCGGCGCCUGGCUCCCAGGCCAGUUGCCCCCGUCGUCGCGGUCACCAGCCCCGCAACCGGAGGAGCCUGCCAGGACGCAGAGGAGGAGGUCGAGGUCAGAACCCGAGCGUUGAGCACCAUUUCUGAUGGCACCAUCAUCGACACGCACAGCCUAGGUGGACUCCCAGGCCUUCUUCCGAGAGAUGACACGCGCAUUGACACCUACGACGUCGAUGACAUAACGAAGGCCAUUCGCAACAUGCCGAACUACAAGAGUACCCCCGUCCUCAAGAUGCCCUCGAUGAAAGACAUGGGGCACGCUAUCGAGCCCAACACCGAUCGCCACGCCGACCAGCCCUCUGAUGGAUCCGUCAGUGAGAUUAG